UACUUAACACAAAAAUAUUGUCUUCCGUGUAAAAUUUAAAAAUAUUAAUAUUACCUGCAUUUUCUUCAAUAAAUUGAACGUGAUAUGUUAAAUAUAACCGUGUAUGAUUUCAAUUUUGUUUAAAUAAUUUAAUAUCACUAUGGAACCGGACGAUGAAAUAAAAUCGGGCUGUUUAUUAUUUCCACCAGCGGGAGGAAACAUGUUUAGUAAAUUCCCUAAAAAGAAAAAUUGGCAACAAAAACACUGUAUGCUAUUCAAUGCUAGCAUACAAGGUAUUGAACGACUUGAAAUUUACGACAAUAAAGAUGAUGUAACAUCUGGCGCAAUUCCAAAAGUUUUGACCCUUGAAAAUUGCAUAAAAAUUACACAUUCUAGUCCUAAUAUGAUAACUAUACUGACAAAAUCACAUACCCAGCAAGUCAGUGCUCAAUCAGAGGCAGAGACAUUAGAAUGGGUGACUGCUUUACAGUCUGUUGCUUUCAAAGGGAGAGAUAUUAGUCCCAUAAGUUGUGAUGAAGAUAAUGACUUGUACUGUUCAUCAGGUGAAGGAGUAUUUUCAGUAAAAAUGUGUACUUCAGAGGCCUCAACUAGAUGUGGAUUUGAGCCAAUUAGAUACCUCCUUCUCUUAACUACAACUGCUAUUGAAUUAAGAGAUGUCAAUGAUAACAAGCUAUAUGCAACAUGGCCAUAUAGAUACAUUAGGCGAUAUGGUUAUAGACAGGGUAAAUUUACAUUUGAAGCUGGUAGAAAAUGUGACACAGGGGAAGGAAUUUUUCAUUUGGAACACCCUAAUCAAUCAGAAAUAUUCAAAUGUCUAUCUCUUAAGAUGAAGACGAUGAAACAAAUGAUUGGCAAUGAUAAUCUUAACAGUCCUGAAUUUUGUUGUCCUGGGUCGAAAAGUCCUCUUGUAGGAACCAGACCAGAUGAUUUAAACUUAAGUUCUCUUUCCUUUAAAACAGCAUCGGUUUCAAGUCAUCAGUCAGCCAGCACUGAUAGAGAUACUGCACCACUUUUGAUGCCUAAGCCUGCUCUCAAACCAAAACCACAAAAACCUCCUCGUAAAAUUAUAAAUCUGCAAAAAAUAAGUAAAGACAUGCCAAGUUCAUCAGAUGAGAGUAUUGACUUUGGACGAUAUAAAAAGCUGGACAACUAUGAACCUAUAGAUCAAGUAAAGCGUGAACAUAGUCCCCCAUCUGUGCCAUAUGAUAAAGUAGAAGUCAGAAGUGAAGCUUGGAGGACAUUAGGUAUUGAUGACCCAGAUCAUACUGAAUUUACUCCAAAUCUAGCUGAUAGUCCAAACUGCAUGAAACUUAUAUCCAGAUCUCAGGAUAAUUUAAACACAUCAGGACCGGAAUCUUCAAGGAUUAUUCUCUUACCCAGCUCUGUUGUUGAUCCGGAGGAUGAAAAUUAUGAUAGGUUACAAUAUUUUGGUUCGACAAGUAAAUUAAACAAAUCGUCAAGGUAUAAGAAGAUAGAAGCGAGGCCAACGACUUUGGCUCUCACUGAGCCAAAAAGUAAAGACACUUGGAAUGAUUAUGAUGAAGUAGAGAAUGUUAUGCAAACAGCAAGGUUGGCUGAUGAUUCUCAUUUAGGUUAUGGCAUGAUAAGGAAGCCAAACACUCCUGGACCCCAAGUACCAACAGCUGCUCAAGCUCAGAUUCUUCAAAAUCAGGUUGGAUUGGAAGAUAUUUCCCAUACUAACUGGAAUGGAAUGGAUUAUGCAAUUAUUAGCCGUCCAAAAAUAGUGUAAUCGAAAAUUCUAUCAAUGAGAUUGGAUACUAAAGACUGAAAAUUACAGUUUAAUUUACCUUCUUUAUAAGUGAUAUUGAUAUACUGUGAAAUUAUUAAGCAUUCCCAAGUUAUUUACUACUUAUCUAUAUCAACUUUCAAAUUAAUAUAUAUGUAUAUGUUAUUUUAAUCAAGAUAUAUAUUUAUAAGCUUACAAGCAUGUAUUAUAAAAAACAGUGUGUCAUAGUUGUUUUUUUUCUGUGACAUUUGCAUUACAUGAAUUGAAUCUUUAUUUUUGUAACAUAAAUCUUGUUGAAUUGUUUUAAAAGUAUUAUCUAAAAUUUGAGACUGUUUUAGCAUUCCCAUUUUGAUAUUUUUAUAUGUCUAAGAAAUCUUUUUAGUUCAUAAUCUAGAUAGUGAUUUAAAGUAUAUUAUUUAGAUGCACAAGAUAUUUAGAGAUUAUUACAAUGUGAUUUAUAUGUGCCUUAUUUUUGUUAGUUUACAUGUAAUAAAAAAAAUAUGAACAGAAAUAGCACAUUACAGAGAAAAUUAUAGAAAUGUUUUUUAUAUAUGAUGAAAAUAGGUAAUAUGUUACCAUAGAUUAAAAAAAUAAUGUUUUUAGUUUAUUUAAAUAUUUGACAAUUUUUUACAUGUAAACUAAUGUUACUUAGAUUUAAUAUGAAUGUUUACCAUCUGGUGCCAAGUUAAGUACAAUAAUUUGUAAUAGCACUAUGGUGCUGUCUUAUAUAGUGCAUAAUUAAUUUGUCUUUUGCUAAGAUACUUACUCAAAGUUUUUCUAUUAUAUUUUUACUAUGUCAGCCAUAUAA